AUGAUGUUCGACGCCCUGGACUUCUGGGAAAAUGUACGUGUUUCAGAAAUGCGGGUUUGUCAAGUGAAUGAAGUGUUUCAAAACCGGGGCAAUCGACGACCGGUUCAUGCAGCUGCGAUUCACGGAAAUUUGGCUUUACUAAACAUACUCCACCAUUUGGGUGCCGAUCUCAAUGUAAGAGAUUCAAAAUUAAUGACUCCAAUGAUGUACGCAGCGGAGAAGAACCACUAUGAAGUUGUGGUGUUCCUCAUGAAGAACAAUUGCUCGCCUUACCUCAAGAAUGAAGAUGGAAAAACGGCUUUAGCGUGUGCAGCGAAGAGUGGAUCAUUGGCAGCGAGUAAAGCUAUAAUUGAAUUAACGUUGAAACCUCGACCAUUGAUGGAUGUUGUGGAUCGGGGAGGUUGGACUGCCAUGGUUUGGGCUGCCGAGUUCGGCUCAUUUCCAGUUGUCAAGUACUUGUUAUCGCACGGAGCAGAUUGGCGAAUAAAGGACUUGGACGGUAACAUGAUCCUCCACUGGUCUGCUUACGGAGGCAACAAAGACAUCAUGGAAGCCCUCUUGAACGUCGGUUGUCCCCUGGAUUUGCAAAACAACGAUGGCGACACAGCUUUGCACAUCGGGGCUCGAAGGAAAACCGUGGACUGCGUCAACUUGUUGCUCAGACAUGGGGCUUCGUUGUCGGUGAAGAACAAGGCUGGGCAUACCCCGAGACACGCUGCUGCUUUAGUCUCGGACUCCAUUCGCGAUUUAUUGGGACUGUCGGAAGUGAUAAACAGUGAUGCGAUUGAUGUGAGGAAAACUGAGUACGGGAAAAAUGUGUUGAGUGGUGUUCACCGGCCUGUGUCGACUGUCCCUGAAGCUGCUGUGAAAUCAUUCGUCGACACGGAUGUGAGUCGUGGUCUCGAACGCUUCCGUGUUCCUUGGUUCAAUUCCGUGGAUAAUGAAAAAUUUCCGGUGGAUUCCUUCGCUUACAUUGCCGACAAUUCUUCCGCCUUCCCGAUGGAUACAAAAAUCGCCUCAACGGUGAACAUGAAAUGUAAUUGCUCCGGCAUGUGUGAUGAUCGAUGCGCUUGUGUUGUGGAAAUCAAAGAAGUUGACGGCGAAGAAGCCACAAGGUAUACUUACUGCAUGAAUGGCUUGUGCACGCCGGAAGUCCUACGGGAUUAUCCCUCUUCAUAUAUUGUGGAAUGCGGAACUUCCUGUGGAUGCAACCCUAUGUUUUGCAACAAUCACGUCACCCAGCAAGGCCUGGGCAUUAUGGUACAAAUAUUCAAAACUUCUACGAGAAGGAGGGGCUGGGGAUUACGUUCGAUUGAAGACGUUAAGCAACGUCAAUUUGUGUGCCAAUAUGCCGGUGAAUGGAUCACCAGAACAGAAGCAGUUCGACGUAAUGACAUGAGCUAUACGUUGGAGUUUCAUGUUGAGGAUGCUCUGUUGUUGGAUGCAAAGUACAGUGGCAACGUUGGAAGAUUUAUCAAUCAUUCCUGCAAACCGAAUUUGGCGCUCAUCAGGGUGAUGAAGGACAAAAGAGAGCACAGAUUCCCAAGAGCUUGUUUAUUCGCCUUGAGGGAUAUCAGUGCUGGAGAGGAGUUAACGUUGAAUUAUGGUGAACAAUUUUGGAAAAGCGUUCCCUACUCGUGUCGCUGCCGGGAAGUUGAUUGCGUUGCUCCUCCUCCGACCUGUUCCCCGGUCAAAGUGAAGAGCCAGCUUUUAAAGCCCAAGGCAAAGAAGAUGAAGCCGAGUCUCGGAAGUGCGGAUAUUUGUAUGGGAUGAAAUUUGCACUGCUUUACACGGUUGUGUUCACGCGUGUACCUGGUUUAUAAAUCCAGGAGUUUUCGAAAGUAUUCGGCGACGGUGAAAACGUGAAAUUAGGAAUACCUUUAAAUCUGCUGCACUUCGCUGCUUGUUUUCCGUUUGUUGUGUUUUUCGUGCGACGAGAAAUAUGAAAAGGUCAGGAGGAAUCCGUUUGAUAUUUUGUCACAGAUUUUAAGAACGUCUCUCUUCCGCCUUAGUUGAAGUUUUACGAGGCCGCUUGAUGCGAGUGUUCAUGGUGGAAACUAUUGUUGUUGAUCGUUCGUCAAAAGAAUCAGAAAGUUCUCUGGCGAUAUUCUUUCUUUGAAUUUUCCAGUUGAAUAAUUCGAGGAAUGUGUUUCUCUCAA